AGAGGAAAGUCCGUAUCUGGGAUACAAAUAUACAACAACUAUUAGUCCCCGACAGAGAAGCUGGGCUGGAGCGCUGCGCGACCGCGCUCCAGCGAUGGGUCAGGUGACUGCUUUCUCUUGGCAACGGCUUGUUCCUAGCAACCGGGCCGCCGGUCCAGGCCGAGCUGCCAGUGGGUGGGAGGUCGCCGCCAUGAAUCCGUCCAUUGGGGUCCUAGAGCAGAAUGGAGAAGAACACUUAGCCACCCCGAUUCUCGGACCCUCGGUGCAUUCGGAUAACCCGCAGGAGCGGAUCCAGGCCCGGCGCCUGCGCAUCGCUGCCCGCCAGGAAGCCCGAAGGCGGGAGGCCCUGGGGGAGUACUUGGACGGGAAGAAGGAAAGCGAGGAGGACCAGAGCAAGAGCUACAAACAGAAGGAGGAGAGCCGCCUGAAACUGACUAAACUCCUGCUCUGCGGGACUGAGUUGGUGACAAAUAUUCAGGUGGCUACAGACAUCAGAGAGAUCCACAGGAGGGUUGAAGAGGAGGAGACAAAACGGCAGAGACUGGAGAAGCUGGAGAAUGAAGUUAAGACCAGCCAGGACAAAUUUGACGAAAUCACGGCGAAGUGGGAGGAGGGCAGGCGGAAGCGGAUCCCGCAGGAACUGUGGGAGAUGCUCAACAGCCAGCAGGUGCACUGUGCCGGCCUCAUAGAAGACAAGAACAAGCUGAUCAGCGAGCUGCAGCAGGAAUUGAAAAUAAAGGAUGACCAGUAUGUGAAGGACCUGAAGAAACAGUCGGAAGACAUCACCCUGCUUCUGGAGAGGAUGGAGGAGCAGGUGAAGAGCGUGAUGAAGAACUUCCGCCAGGAGCUCAUUCACAUCGAGAAAGCCUUUGAGUCAGAACGACAAGAACUGCUAACCAGUAACAAGAAGAAAUGGGAGCGAGCCCUGCAGGCUCACAAUGCCAAGGAGCUGGAGUACCUCAUCAACCGCAUGAAGAAGGUGGAGGACUACGAGAAGCAGCUCAACAAGCAGCGGGUCUGGGACUGCGAGGAGUACAACACGAUCAAGAUCAAGCUGGAGCAGGACGUGCAGAUUCUUGAGCAACAGCUUCAGCAGAUGAAAGCAACUUACCAGCUAAACCAAGAGAAGCUGGAAUACAACUUCCAGGUCCUGAAGAAAAGAGAUGAAGAGAGCACAGUGAUCAAGUCCCAGCAGAAGAGGAAACUCAACCGCCUGCACGAUGUCCUCAACAACCUGAGAACAAAAUACACCAAGCAGAUACGGCAGUUUCAGGAUGACAACCAGUCCCUGACCUCAGACUACAAACGGCUCGUGACGCAGUUCAAGGACCUACAGAAGGCCUUGAGACACUUCAUCAUCAUUGACGAGGAGAAGUUUCGGGAGAUCUGGCUGAUGAAUGAAGCUGAGGCGAAGGUACUGGCGCAGCGAGCCUUUGAUGUGGACAAGAUCAUCCACUCCCAGCACCUGGGGCUGCCCUGGAAGCAGCCUAACCUCUGGUUCCUGAAUAACGUGGGCCCGAUCUCCCUGCAGCAGCAGAAGUCCGUCACGCAGAUACUAGAAGAACUGCUGCUGCAGACAGAAGAUGAGGGGACAGAGGCAGCCGGGUCCGAAGACGAGUCUUACAUGGACCUGCCCAAUCAAGUUUCAGCAAAAACCACCAAAAAGAUCCUGAUGCUGCUGUGUGACGAGUCGGGUUUCCUCAUAGAGAGCAAACUACUGAGUCUGCUCCUUCCCCUGGAGAAGAGUGAAUGCUAUCUGCUGAGGUUGGAUGCCAUCUUCUCUGCCCUGGCAAUCGAAAGCGAGGAUGACUUGUACAAGCUGGUAAACUUCUUCCUUCGAUAUCGAGCCCACCGUUUGUCCUCUGCCCAGGCCAGCAUGUCCGUUCACAGCAAUGUGGAGCGCACAAGCCUGAUGUCAGCGCUGGAGCGCUUGAGCCUGAUGUCCCAGAUGGACAGGGCAAGCACUGUGUCCAAAUCAGAGCAGGAGCCCCCAGAGCAGGAGGACCUGCAGGAAGGUGACAAUGAAAGCGUCGCGGUCAGGGAGCUGGAGCAGGAGGAUCUGUCUUCACCCAUGUUCAUCCACCCCAAUGAUGUUCUCAAGAUUCUGGAGGCAUUUGUCACGGGGCUGAAGAAGCCGAAGGAUGUUCGGCCAGUACCAAAAUUGAAGAAGCAGACUCGAGAUAACUCGAAGGACACGGAGUACUGGGAAUCCCUGGCUACGGUUAUCCCUUUCUCCAAGCAGAACCUCUGGGAUGCGCUGUACAACGCCUUGGAGAAAUACUACCUCGUGCUGACCCAGAGGGCCAAGCUGCUGAUGGAGAAUGACUCUCUGGAGCAACAGAAUGCAGAGAUGCAAUCCCUGCUGCAGCAGUAUCUCCAGGCCAAGGUAAAUUCAGAACUGCAGAUCCCCCCAACCCAGGGCUUCCGGAUGCCCUCAAAAUAGAGAAGCAUCUGCAAAGUGUGGCGUCAUCGAGUCUGCACCUGUCUCCUGAGAGCCACACCCACCCACCCUGGGUUUUUCUGAGCUGUAUCUAUCUGCCAAAAUAAGGCAGUGAUGCUCCCGAAGUUCUAAUAAAGUCUUUGAAAGCUUA